AUGAUCCAGUUUCUGGCACGACACCAAGAACUGGACGACUACAUGUCAAUCGUCCUCAAUUUGGCACUCCGUUUUGGUGAUUUCGGCUUCUAUCAAUAUCAUAUCCACUUUGCUUCCGAAGCAGCAGCCCGCCUCCAACAGUUUAAUGAGGUUACAUACUGGGGCACACUAGACACAGAGACUUAUUGUCGUAUCUUUGCCGCCCGCGCCGCUCACCCUUGUAGCCUUUGCGGCGCACCUUCCCAUCCCGCAUCCGCCUGCUCUAUCCCGGCCAAGAUCAAUAUUCAACAUAAUCCGACCAGGAGUUAUGCUCUUCCCCAUACACCAUCACCAGCCCCCCCUGCGACUAUUAUUCCCAGGCCAGUCGCACCUAAUCUACCCCUCUUUUCACCUAAUACUAAUGGUGUGGACAAGAGGGGUAGACCUAUCCUACGUCAAGGCGGGCGCACAAUAUGCAACAACUUCAACGAAGAGGGGUGCAAAAUGUCACAAUGCCGCUACCUCCACGUGUGCUCUUUCUGCGGCGGCAGACAUGCCAGGUCUGCUUGCCCGCAUAAUCCUACUUCCUUCAAGUCAGCCAUCAACGACCCUAGCUCUGUCGAUCGCCUACUCUCUAAAGAGAUCGAGCAAGGUUUCAUGAUCGGCCCCUUCUCUCAACCUCCCUUCCCUACCUUUCGUAUCAGCCCUCUCGGCAUAGCUACCCGAAAAUACUCAGGCAAGCAGCGGAUCAUCAUUGAUCUCUCAGCUCCUCACGGCACCAGCGUCCCCAGCGUUAACAGCCUCAUCCCUAGCGAAGACUACUCACUUCAUUACGCUACAAUAAACCACGCUAUCGCUCUCAUUAAACUUGCAGGCAAAAAUUCAUGGCUUUCAAAAACCGACAUCACCAGUGCAUUCAAAGUCCUCCUUAUCCACCCUGAUUUCUGGAGGUUUUUCGGCGUAAAAUGGCGAGGUGCUUACUACUUUGCAGUGAGACUCACCUUCAGCUGCAAAAGUAGUCCCAAACUGUUUGACACUUUAUCAGAAGCCCUAUGCUGGAUAUUAUGUAAUAAUCACGGCAUCCAAUUCCUUGUUCAUCUCUUAGAUUUUCUGCUCAUCAGCCCACCCUCUUCUCCUCCCGCAUCUGGCAUAGCCACACUGACCGCUGUGUUUGCCGAUCUUGGCGUCCCACUAUCGACGGAGAAAACGGAGGGCCCAUCCACUUCACUAGAGUUCUUGGGCAUCACGCUCGAUACUAACUCAUUCCAAGCGUCCCUCCCCAUCGAAAAGCUUAAACGUAUCUGUCUUCUCAUUUCUAACUUCCUCAUGGCCCCAUCUUGCACCAAACAACAAUUACUCUCACUCCUCGGCCACCUUAACUUCGCCCUACGCAUUAUCCCACAGGGUCGGGCAUUCAUUUCUCACCUUCUGUCUAUCGCCUCAUCAGUACCGUCGCUCCUGUCAUCCGUCUCACUAAACCCAUCUUGUCUCGCCGAGCUGCGCUUAUGGCUCCAUCUCCUCUCAAACUGGAACGGUAUUUCUUUCUUCUACGACGAUCAAUUAACCAACUCCCUCGAUAUUCAGCUCUUUACCGAUGCUGCUCCCUCAGCCGGUUUUGGGGGUUUCUUUAAUGGUAGAUGGUUCGCUUCUUCAUGGCCCCCAGAGAUCACGAACAAUUGCGAGGUCGCUUCCUCCGCGCUCUUCGAAAUCUACCCAAUCGUAGCUGCCGCCGUCCUAUGGGGACACGAAUGGUCCACAAAAUCCAUCCUCAUACACUCCGAUAAUCUCUCAGUAGUCGACAUCAUCAAUAAAGGUCGUUCCAACUCUAAUUCAAUCAUGCCAUUCAUGCGUCGCCUCACAUGGCACUCUGUUACCCACCAAUACAUCCUCCGCGCUGCCCACAUCCCAGGCCACCAUAAUGCUAUUGCUGACUCUCUCUCUCGCUUCCUAUUUCAGAAGUUCAGAAACUUGUUCAGAAACUUGGCUCCGAACGCCGACCCGAUGCCGACUCCAGUUCCUCCGUAUUCAGCGUUGACUUUCAACAUCAAGACGUGGAUGGAGCUCAACUUUCUGCAGUUAAACAGUUCCAAAACGGAAGUCAUCCUAGUUGGCACACCACAUCAGCUCCGCUCUUCCACCAUCACCAGUAUCACCUUCUCUGGCCAAAACAUCCCCCUUUCCUUAUCUGUCACCAACCUGGGUGUUAAAAUGGACCCUCAACUCAGCUUUGACACCCACAUCAAACACCUCUGUAAAACAUCUUUCUACCACCUCAGGAACAUCACCAAACUCCGUCCAACACUCACCCUGGCAGAUGCAGAGAAGCUCGUCCACGCCUUCAUCUCCUCCAGACUGGACUACUGUAAUGCACUCCUCAUCGGGAUCUCUGGCAAGAGCAUCCAGAGACUGCAGUACAUCCAGAACAGUGCUGCCAGGAUCCUGAUGAGGGUGCGCAAAUAUGAUCAUAUCACCCCCAUCCUAAAAUCCCUUCACUGGCUCCCUGUCCCACUCAGAAUUGAGUACAAGUUCCACAGUAAGAGCUGGUGA